GAGCCUUCAACAGCUCCCACCGAAUGCUGCAGAAGCUGCAGCUGCGCGGGCUGCCGCAGGGAGCGCACCUGUUUUGACGUCCCGUGGGCCAGAGGCAAGCGAGGUCCCAGCUGCACGUUCAAAGCGGACGUUGUCUGGCUACUUUGUGCGGAGUGGAGAAGAGACCUCACAGGCGAAAGCCCCUCGGCACGAAGUACUACACCCGCCAGCGCGUGAGAUGGCUGCGGGACAGCAGCGACAUGCAGCUGUGGCCAGAGCAGCAGAUAAGGAGGAUGCCUCUGCCUCCGUUGACUCGAAGACAGGAAACGAGCGAAUCGCUUCCAUUUUCGAAGAGAUGAGUGUCAUACAGAAGCUGCGCCGGGACCGGUUCCGUUCACAGGCCUAUGCCAAAGCUGCGCAGGCUCUUCGGGCCCACCAGGAGCCGAUUGCGAGUGGCGCUCAAGCCAAGGGCAUUCCAGGCAUCGGCUCUGGCAUGGCCGGCCGGAUUGACGUGAUUCUGGCGACUGGAGAACUCAGCGAGCUGGAUGAGCUGAAGCGUGACAGCGAUGUCAUCGCAUUGCGCGAACUUCGGUCCGUACAUGGCAUUGGGGCAGUUCGCGCAGCGGAGCUCGUGGAGCGGGGCAUCCGGUCACUGCUGCACCUGCGCGAAGCCGUUGCCAAGAAUCAGGUUCACCUCGAUGCUGCUCAGGUCGUCGGACUCCGCCAUUGUGAAGAGUUCGCGAAGCGGAUACCUUACGCCGAGAUGAAGGAGCAUCAUCACAUGCUUGAAGCCUGCAGACUGCGGAGCAAUCCCAAGUUACUGCUCACAGUUUGUGGUUCCUACCGGCGGGAACGACCUGAUUGUGGUGAUAUUGAUGUGUUGAUCAGCCACCCUGAUUACACAACGGCAAAGCGCGAUGCCAACGCUGGAGGGAAGCUCCUGCAUGCCUUUGUGGAGGCUCUGAAGCAUGGUGGGUACGUGACAGCGGACUUGGCUUUCGGCAACACGAAGUUUAUGGGUGUUUGCAGGCUGUCGGGAGACGAGCGCUUGCACCGACGGCUCGACAUCCGCUGCUUGCCCAACGACCAGUACCACUUUGGAAUGCUGUACUUCACCGGCAGUGCGGCGCUUGGUGUGAAGAUGCGCCUGAAAGCCAUUGAACUUGGACUCACACUCAGUGAGUACGGGCUGGAGAAUCGGAAGACCGGAGAGAAGGUCAAAGCCAGCUGCGAGCAGGAUAUUUUCAGAUGCCUGGCUACAGCAAAAGUUUGCAGACUCUUUCAGGUGGUGCAUGUGCGACGACGGUAUCUCUUCUGA